CGCUGGUGGCGCUAGGGCCUGCAGAGCCAGCGGGGCUUGCGGGAGCUCUCCUGCGGGCCCGGGCCCUCGCCCCCCGCCGCAGCGGGAGGCGUCGCCGGUGCCGGGCGCGUGUGGGAGGCGGGGACGGGCCGCGGCGAGCAAAGUCCAGGUCUGCGCGCCACUCGCUGCGGCCAACACGCGCGUGAAGUUCAGGCUGAGAUGGAUCUUGAGGCAGCAAGAAACGGAACAGCACGGCGCCUGGACGGCGACUUUGAACUAGGCAGCAUCAGCAACCAAGGCAGAGAAAAGAAGAAGAAAGUGAAUUUAGUUGGCCUGUUGACACUGUUCCGAUACUCUGACUGGCAGGAUAAAUUGUUUAUGUUCCUGGGCACCGUCAUGGCCAUAGCUCAUGGAUCAGGUCUUCCCCUCAUGAUGAUAGUCUUUGGAGAAAUGACAGAUAAGUUUGUAGAUAAUACUGGGAACUUUUCCUUGCCAGUGAAUUUUUCAUUGUCAAUGCUAAAUCCAGGAAGAAUUCUGGAAGAAGAAAUGACUAGAUACGCAUACUACUAUUCGGGACUAGGUGGCGGAGUCCUUGUUGCUGCCUACAUCCAAGUCUCGUUCUGGACUUUGGCAGCUGGCCGACAAAUAAAGAAAAUCAGGCAGAAAUUUUUUCAUGCCAUCCUCCGACAAGAAAUGGGCUGGUUUGACAUCAAGGGCACCACUGAACUCAACACACGUCUGACAGAUGACAUCUCCAAAAUCAGUGAAGGAAUUGGUGACAAGGUUGGAAUGUUCUUUCAAGCAAUAGCCACGUUUUUUGCAGGAUUCAUAGUGGGGUUCAUCAGAGGAUGGAAGCUCACCCUCGUGAUCAUGGCCAUCAGCCCCAUCCUGGGGCUCUCCACAGCUGUUUGGGCAAAGAUACUCUCAACGUUUAGUGACAAAGAACUAGCUGCAUACGCAAAAGCAGGUGCCGUGGCUGAAGAGGCUCUGGGAGCCAUCAGGACGGUGAUAGCUUUCGGGGGCCAGAACAAAGAGCUCGAAAGGUAUCAGAAACAUUUAGAAAAUGCCAAAAAGAUUGGAAUUAAAAAGGCUAUCUCAGCCAACAUUUCCAUGGGCAUUGCCUUCUUAUUAAUAUAUGCAUCAUAUGCACUGGCCUUCUGGUAUGGAUCCACUCUGGUUAUAUCAAAAGAAUAUACAAUUGGGAAUGCAAUGACAGUCUUCUUCUCAAUCCUCAUUGGGGCUUUCAGUGUGGGGCAGGCUGCCCCCUGUAUUGAUGCUUUUGCUAAUGCAAGAGGAGCAGCCUAUGUGAUCUUUGACAUUAUUGAUAAUAAUCCUAAAAUUGACAGUUUUUCAGAGAGAGGACACAAACCAGACAGCAUCAAAGGAAAUUUGGAGUUCAGUGAUGUUCAUUUUUCCUAUCCAUCUCGGGCUAAUGUCAAGAUCUUGAAGGGCCUCAACCUGAAGGUGAAGAGCGGACAGACGGUGGCCCUGGUUGGCAACAGUGGCUGUGGAAAAAGCACAACUGUCCAGCUGCUGCAGAGGCUCUACGACCCCACAGAGGGUACGAUUAGCAUUGACGGGCAAGACAUCAGGAACUUUAACGUCAGGUGUCUGAGGGAAGUCAUCGGUGUGGUGAGUCAAGAGCCCGUACUGUUCUCUACCACGAUCGCUGAAAAUAUCCGCUAUGGCCGUGGGAACGUAACGAUGGAUGAGAUUGAGAAAGCUGUCAAGGAGGCCAAUGCCUAUGACUUCAUCAUGAAACUGCCCCAGAAAUUUGACACCCUGGUUGGUGAUAGAGGGGCACAGCUGAGUGGGGGACAGAAACAGAGAAUCGCCAUUGCCCGGGCCCUGGUCCGCAACCCCAAGAUCCUCCUGCUGGACGAGGCCACGUCAGCCCUGGACACUGAAAGUGAAGCUGAGGUGCAGGCGGCUUUGGACAAGGCUAGAGAAGGCCGAACCACCAUUGUGAUAGCUCACCGAUUGUCUACAGUCCGGAAUGCAGAUGUUAUUGCUGGGUUUGAGGAUGGAGUCAUUGUGGAACAAGGAAGUCACAGUGAGCUGAUGAAGAAGGAAGGGAUCUACUGCAGACUCGUUAACAUGCAGACAUCAGGAAGCCAGAUCCUGUCAGAAGAAUUUGAAGUUGAGCUAAGUGGUGAAAAGGCUGCUGGAGACGUGGCCCCAAACGGCUGGAAAGCACGCAUAUUUAGGAAUUCUACGAAGAAAAGUCUUAAACAUUCACAUCAGAAUAGUCUGGAUGUAGAAACCAAUGAACUUGAUGCAAACGUGCCACCUGUGUCUUUUCUGAAGGUCUUAAAACUGAAUAAGACAGAGUGGCCCUACUUUGUGGUGGGAACCGUCUGUGCCAUUAUCAAUGGGGCCCUCCAGCCGGCUUUCUCCAUCAUCCUGUCUGAGAUGAUAGCUAUCUUCGGCCCUGGGGAUGACGCAGUGAAGCAGCAAAAGUGUAACAUGUUCUCGCUGGUCUUCUUGGGCCUAGGAGUCCUCUCCUUCUUUACUUUCUUCCUUCAGGGCUUCACGUUUGGGAAAGCUGGAGAGAUCCUCACCACAAGGCUCCGGUCCAUGGCCUUUAAAGCAAUGCUAAGGCAGGACAUGAGCUGGUUUGAUGAUCAUAAAAACAGUACUGGUGCACUUUCUACAAGACUCGCCACAGAUGCUGCGCAAGUCCAAGGAGCCACGGGAACCAGGUUGGCUUUAAUUGCACAGAACACAGCCAACCUCGGAACCGGUAUUAUUAUAUCAUUUAUUUACGGUUGGCAACUGACACUUCUGCUGUUGUCGGUUGUUCCAUUCAUUGCUGUAGCAGGAAUUGUUGAAAUGAAAAUGUUGGCUGGCAAUGCCAAGAGAGAUAAAAAGGAAAUGGAAGCUGCUGGAAAGAUUGCAACAGAGGCAAUAGAAAAUAUUCGAACUGUUGUAUCCUUGACCCAAGAAAGAAAAUUUGAGUCAAUGUAUGUUGAAAAAUUGCAUGGGCCUUACAGGAAUUCAGUGCGGAAGGCACACAUCUAUGGCAUCACUUUUAGCAUCUCACAAGCAUUCAUGUACUUUUCUUAUGCUGGCUGUUUUCGAUUUGGUUCUUACCUAAUCGUGAAUGGACAUAUGCGAUUCAAAGAUGUCAUUCUGGUGUUUUCCGCAAUUGUGCUUGGCGCGGUGGCUCUAGGACACGCCAGCUCAUUUGCUCCAGACUAUGCAAAAGCCAAGCUAUCUGCAGCUUACUUGUUCAGCCUGUUUGAAAGACAACCUCUGAUUGACAGCUACAGCAGAGAAGGGCUGUGGCCUGAUAAGUUUGAAGGAAGCAUCACGUUUAAUGAAGUCGUGUUCAACUAUCCCACCCGUGCCAAUGUGCCAGUGCUUCAGGGGCUGAGCCUCGAGGUGAAGAAGGGACAGACGCUGGCCCUGGUGGGCAGCAGUGGCUGUGGGAAGAGCACAGUGGUCCAGCUGCUUGAGCGCUUCUACGACCCCAUGGCCGGAUCAGUGCUCCUAGAUGGUCAAGAAGCAAAGAAACUCAAUGUGCAGUGGCUCCGAGCUCAACUGGGCAUUGUGUCCCAGGAACCCAUCCUGUUUGACUGCAGCAUCGCAGAGAACAUUGCUUACGGAGACAACAGCCGGGCUGUGUCUCAUGAGGAGAUUGUGAGGGCGGCCAAGGAGGCCAACAUCCACCCCUUCAUUGAGACGCUGCCCCAAAAAUAUGACACAAGAGUAGGAGACAAAGGCACACAGCUCUCUGGGGGCCAGAAGCAGAGGAUUGCCAUCGCCCGAGCCCUCAUCAGACAGCCUCGGGUCCUACUGCUGGAUGAAGCCACGUCAGCUCUGGAUACUGAGAGCGAAAAGGUUGUCCAGGAAGCGCUGGACAAAGCCAGGGAAGGCCGCACCUGCAUUGUGAUCGCGCACCGCCUGUCCACCAUCCAGAAUGCAGACUUGAUCGUGGUGAUUGAGAACGGCAAGGUCAAGGAGCACGGCACCCACCAGCAACUGCUGGCGCAGAAGGGCAUCUAUUUCUCAAUGGUCAACAUCCAGGCCGGCACACAGAACUUAUGAACUCUUGUUACAGUAUAUUUUUAAAAUAAAUUCAAAUUGUUUUUCACUUUAUGGCAUGUAAAAGAAGUUUCUCGUUGGAGUUAUAAAAUAUAGAUCUAUCCUAUUCCACAUCAGUUUAAAGUUCAGCCUUGAUGCUUGUGCUACAGCAUCUGAAACUGGAAACAUGGAAGCAACAUCUGCCUGGACAAAUGUGACCCUACCUUGCCAUAAUAGAAGAAUUACUACAGUGUGGCUCUCUCUCCCUGAGCUGUCAGCAUCCUUCAGAGAGACCAGGCAAAUGCAUGGGAAGCAUUAAUAGAAAUCCCAAAUGAGGACGAAUUCCCGUGGUUCUAAAUAGGUAGACAUGUGACAGGAUGAAAUGGGAACAAGUUUCCAAGUACAGAGGAGAAUUAAAUUAGCAUUCUGAAUCCCUCUACUGUGGAAUAGAAGGUGUUGGUUGUCAUGACCAUAUGGACUGUUUAUUUUCUUUCCUCAACACAUUCAAUCCAACACAUUAAUGGGUUCAAUGUGGUAUUGUCAUACUGGAAUGUGCAGCAGCAGAUCCAACCACCCUUUCCCAUCCCCUCACAUUCCCUCCCCAGUCUUUAGUAGACAUUAUUCUGUGUUCAAGUGUUCACAUUUUAGCUUUGCAUGGACAUGUAGUACCCAUCUUUCUGUCUGGCUCAUUUUCCUUAAUAUGUCCAUUCCAUCCAUAUUGCUGUAAAUGUUGACUUCAUUUUCCUGGUCUCUUUUCCACUUGUGCUACUGGAGAUCAAACUUAGGGUAGGAAUGCAUUCUAAUGUAGCCGUCCAGCGGCCACGGAGAACUGGGUAUACCUGAAAGGGAGGCUGGGAAUGAGGCAGGCGAGAGCAGAAUGAAGCCAAGAUAAAGGUUCUCUAUCAAGACUCAAAAGUUUAAUUUUCAGCUCUGCAAAUAUAUAGGGGAAAAGCCCAAAGACCCAUCCUUUGUUUCGGCUGGGUUGUGUUGCUUUGUUUCAGCUGGAUUCUGUUGCAAAACAAGCUCUGUAGCUCAGCAGGCAGCCUGCUGCUGUAGGAAAUUGCAGGUGGUCAAGACAGGAGACUUUCACCAAGGUCAGAAAACUCCACCCAGGUCUGCAGAAGACCAACUGUGGCAAACAAUUAAGGUCUGAUCAGCCUGCUCAGGCUGGGGGAGGGCACGUUCUAAUACUGAGCUAAAUGCCCAGGUUUCUUCCUUUCUUCCUUACGACUGAAUAAUAUUCCACUGUUAAAUACAGCACAUUUCUUUAUGGAUGUAUCUAUUGAUGGACAUCUAGGCUGUGUAUCUUAACUGUUCUGAAUACUGCUGAAUGAAACACGGAUCUGUGGGUAUGUAUUUUGCACACUGUUUCAUUUGCAUCUCUGUUGCUGUGGUAAAACACCAACCAAAACAACUUGUGCAAGAGAGGAGUUUAUUUGGCUUACAGGCCUCACUCAGUCCACCUAGAAAAGGCACGGCCGGAUUCUGGAGACAGGACCUGAAACAGAAG